GCCGCCGGUAGAGGCGCAGCCCCGGCCCCGACGGGCGGUGCGGGGGCGCCAUGGAAGACGUGGGGCUGCGGAGCGGGCGGGAGCGGCUCCCCGGCGCCGUGCUGGCGGAACCCGUGGUGCUGAUGGUGGAGCAGCGGGCGGCCGAGGGCUACAGGCUGGUGGAGGUGCUGCUGACCGGCGGCGCGCCGUGGGGCUUCACGCUGAAAGGCGGACGGGAGCACGGCGAGCCCCUCAUCAUCACCAAGAUUGAAGAUGGGAGUAAAGCUGCUUCUGUGGACAAGUUGCUGGCAGGGGAUGAAAUUGUUGGCAUCAAUGAUGUGGGCCUCUCUGGGUUCCGACAAGAAGCAAUCUGUCUGGUGAAAGGCUCGCACAAGACACUAAAGCUUGUAGUAAAAAGAAGAAAUGACCUAGCCUGCAGGCCUCACUCCUGGCACGCAACCAAGUUUACAGAAAGUCAGCCUGAGACAGCCACGUCACACCUUCCUUCAUCCAAUGCCUGCACUUCUUGGCAUUCACGGUAUCAUGCAAGCUGUUCUUCUCAUGACCUGUCAAACUCAUGGGAUCAGUCAAGUCUCCAUCGUGCGUCUGACCAGUUCAGCUCUUUGGGCAGUAUGGACAGCUGGGACCAAACACCACAAGUAGCCCAGUAUGGAAGACUUUCUUCUGCAAGGUCUAAUAGUAGCAUUGACCAUCUAGGGAGCCAAAAUAAGCGGGAUUCAGCCUACGGGUCUUUUUCCACAAGUUCUAGCACCCCUGACCACACUCUAUCCAAUUCAGACACUUCUUCAACAGAGAAUAUGCUGUAUAAAGUAAGCCACUGGGAGACAUCUAAACAUGGAAAUAAGUCUGGACAGUUUCUGAACGAUUACAGUGGGAUAGAGGACAAACCUGGAUAUUUGCCAGCUCCCAUCCAGUACGAGAAUAACAGAAGUCCCAGAAUAGAGGAACACCCUGAUGUCAAGCUUGCUGGCUCUGGAAGAUCCAGUUUUGGGCCUGUCUGGUAUGUUCCAGAUAAAAGGAAGUCUUCCUCUCCUCCCCCACCACCUCCACCUCUCCGUAGUGACAGCUUUGCUGCUACCAAAGGACAUGAGAAGGCCCAGGGCCCUGCAUAUUCAGAGAGUGCCAGCACACAGCACUUUACAGCCCUGAACCGAUCUCAGACCAGGAAUGACUGGAACUCAGAAACUGUGGAACAGCAACGGCGGCCUUCCAGAGCAUGUGACAGGAAGGUCAGUGGCUCAAACUAUAAAUCAGAUCUCAGUUCGGAACAUGCUUUUUCUGCAGUUGGUGAAAGGUACAAUAGUAAUGCAGGAACUGUGAGCAAGCUGCAGUCAUCCUUGUCCAGCACUGAUGUUCGUUUUGCACAGCCUGCUUACAGUUACCACCACCAGCACCAGUACAGUGAUGAAAGCACUUUUUUUCAUAACACAAGAAUGUUAGCUGCGCCUAAAGAUCAGCAACCUUUUCUCUCCUAUGGUGGUAUUCAAGAGUUGCCUACUGAUCAUUUUCAUGGAUACAAUCUAAACCACACCAGGCUGCUCAACGCUUGCUCUUCUUCAAACAGUGCUGCUGAACAGAAGGCAGACAACACUGGACAGAGUCGCUAUUAUUGUGUGACAGCAAAACAGCCUGCUCAGGGAAGUUCAAAGCCACUGCAGCUCAAGGAUGACAACUGGAAACCUGCAGCGGGAGCUGAUGUUUCUCUUGGACCUUAUGAAAAUCCUGCAGUUGUCACAAUGGUCCAAAAACCAAAAUGCUAUCUACCUCAACAGUCUGUUGAAUCUUCUGUGGAAGGGUGUGAGAACAGUAGUCAUUACACAGUGGACAGAGAGGGGGAUGUUAGGUUUGCUGUAGUAGAAGAGAUUAUAAAAAUGAAUCACGCUGAAAAAUCUGGGCAGAAGAAAAGCUUUGAGAGCAGCUUUGAGGAAAGUGAGAUGAGGUACUGUCAACAGGAGUAUGGAAAGGGCUGUGCCCUUACUACUGAGAACAGGCCCGCUCAGAAAGACUUCAGGUGGGGAAAAGAUGAGAGUAGCAAGAUCUCUCCUCAGAGGACCCCAAUGUUGCAUUCUUUGGCUCAGGAAGGCAAAAAGCACUCUGAUGGCAGCCCAGAAGCUGUAACAGAGCGUCAGCCCCCAUUUGACAAUCACUUGUCUAAACAGGCACGAAGGAGCGACCGUUUUGCAACAACCCUGAGAAAUGAGAUCCAAAUGAGAAGGGCAAAGCUACAGAAAAGUAGAAGCACGGCUACUUUAAUAGGGUCAUCUGAGACGGAGGAGUGCAGCGAGAACGGGAAGCCAGAUGCAGCAGAAAAUGUGAACGCCUCCCCAGAUACGAACUUUACUAGCACCUACAAAGAUCACCUGAAGGAAGCACAGGCCAGAGUUCUGCGGGCAACUUCCUUCAAACGGCGGGACUUGGAGCCCAGCCCUGCUGAAUAUCCCCCCAGGUCACCAGAACGGAAAGCUGGUAGUUACAACUCUUCAUUAUUGGCUUUGGUUUCUGAAGAUGUGUCUGGAUUCCUUGAGGCUACACAAGCUAAACCGAAUCCUACAGGGAGUGGCACUCAUCACGUUUCUCGCAUUGGAGCCAGGAAGAGGUUCACAACAGAACAAAAACUGAAAUCUUACUCUGAACCGGAGAAGAUGAAUGAAGUGGGGAUGUCAGAGGAUGAGUGUCGUGCCCACUGCCAUCCAGAAACAUCUGAAGAAGGCUUGGGUUCAUUUGCAGACAGGUGGAAGUUCUUUGAAGAAACGAGUAAGCCUGCGAGUAGAAAGCCCGCACAGAAACCAACUCCCCACAGCCUAACUGAGGGAUUGCCUGAGAGGGCGGACAGGAAAGCUUACGGCGGGCAGGAGGGAGACGAGUCCUGGCAUGAGAGAAGAGGUCAGGCAGCUUCUGUUGGACUUGAAACUGCACAUGCUCCAAAAGGUAGCAUCCACCACAGCAGCAGCAGUAAGGCUGCAGAUAGGACUGUGAAAUCUCAACAGCCACAGCGUCUGGGAACCUUUGCCGAGUAUCAGGCAUCGUGGAAAGAGCAGCGGAAGCCCAUCGAGGCAAGGAGUUCAGGAAGGUACCAUUCAGCAGAUAACAUCCUUGAUGUCAGCCACGAACAGCAUGAGAAAGCCCAGUACACCCAUGAGAGAUCUAGAUCAUCUCCUUCAACUGAUUUCUACAAACAGGAAGUUGCAGUUGAAGUAAGGAGGCAAGCAGAGGAUUUAAAGGAAGAUGGGGAGCGUAUUUUCUCUAAAAUUAACAAUCUGGAUGAAAGGAACAACUGUGUAAGGCAAGCUGGUAUCGGGGCCCUAAGAGAAAACCCACGGGAAAAAAGGGAUCAGCUGGGCCAGAAUAUAGGCCACAAGUGGAAGGCAUCUGUCAGACCUCUGCAUGCAAGAGAGCCGACGGUUUUGUCUCACGAAAGCCGCGGGAGAUCUGGGACAUUGCCUAGUGAUUACAGAUACUCUCAGGAAAACGUGAAUGAGAAGAGCAAGGACUGCAGUUUGCCUCACCUCGCGUGUUCUGAGCCGCAGUCCUUGAACGAGAACCACUGCUAUCUGUCCCAGGGCACCAGAGAGGAAAAUCACAGAACAGAGCCGGCACUGCUCAAUAAGAAACGUGGACCUGCUCCUCAGAGGCCUCCACCACCCAAAAGAGAUAAAUACAGGCGACCAGAUAAUUCUGCACCAUCGCUUGGUGCCUCUUCUGAAUCCUUGUUGGCAGCACCCAGCCACCCCUUUCCGUCCUCUUCCCCCAGCUCUGCCAAAGUGUUUACGAGUCACUCAUCUCUCUGUCAGAGUCCUGCAGUUUUCAAUGGAAAACUAAAGAGUGAUAAUCCACAGGAACUUCUGCAGGCGUCAUCCACAGAGAAUGUUUGUCAGCACUUAGAAGAAAAAACGCACCUUAAGUCCGAAUCUGUGUUAACUUCCAGCAAGUAUCGGUACCUUCAGAAACCUGACAUGGAGACAUCGAGGUCCCCUUCUCCUCAGUUUGCACCACAGAAGCUCACUGAUAAACCUCCUGUGUCUGUACAGGAUGACAACCCAGCCAGAAUUGAAAGAGUUAUAGACAACAAUACUACAGUGAAAAUGGUUCCCAUCAAGAUAGUUCAUUCAGAGAGCAGUGCAGAAAAGGAGAGCCGGCAAAGUCUUGUGAGUACAAUGGAACCACCUGCUUUACCCAGCGGUUUGGAAAAGGACCAAAUUAAAACGCUCAGCACUUCUGAGCAGUCCUAUUCACGAUUCUGUGCUUACACCAGGCAAGGUGUAGAGCCAGAGCCAGAAACCAAAACCAAACCAACUGACCCUCAACCAGCUGAAGAACCUGGGAACAACUUGAAGGAUGGCAGUGCUGCUGUGCCAGCAGUCAGCUACGUAAAGGCCAAAGAGAAGACCUUGGAAGACUGGAAAUCAGAGGAACUAGCUAGAGAGAUUGUGGGAAGAGAUAAAUCUCUAGCAGACAUUCUGGAUCCUAAUGUGAAAAUAAAAACAGCGAUGGAUCUGAUGGUUGGAAUAUUCCCAAAAGAUGAACACCUCCUAGAAGAAGCUCAGCAGCGCAGGAAGCUCCUUCCAAAAGUUCCUUCUCCAAAAAUUUCAGAAGAGAAGAAAGAAGAGCAGAAUGCACCAUCUGCCAUCUCCCUGACAACCAAUUCUACUUACUACAGCACAUCUGCACCAAAGGCUGAACUGCUGAUUAAAAUGAAGGACAUGCAAGAGCAGCAGCAACAGCAACAGAGCGAAGAUGAUUCUGAAGAUGAGCUAGAUCAUGAUUUGUCAGAGAAGAAGCAAGAACUUAUUGACAGCAUUAGCAGGAAGCUACAAGUGCUGAGGGAAGCUCGGGAGACACUCCUGGAAGACAUCCAAGCAAACAAUAUUCUGGGGGAGGAGGUGGAGGCCAUUGUGAAAGAAGUCUGCAAACCAAAUGAGUUUGACAAAUUCAAGAUGUUUAUCGGAGACCUGGACAAAGUAGUCAACCUCCUGCUGUCACUCUCAGGUCGUCUGGCCCGGGUGGAAAAUGCUCUUAACAACCUGGAUGAAAACACCUCUCCUGAAGAGCGGCGGACGUUGGUAGAGAAGCAGAAGCUGCUGACCCAGCAACAUGAAGAUGCAAAAGAGCUGAAGGAGAACCUGGAUCGCCGAGAGCGCAUUGUCUUUGACAUUUUGGCGAACUAUUUGAGUGAGGAGAACUUAGCAGACUAUGAGCACUUUGUAAAAAUGAAGUCAGCCCUCAUCAUUGAGCAGCGAGAGCUUGAGGACAAGAUCAAGCUGGGGGAAGAGCAGCUUAAAUGUCUGACCGACAGCCUCCAACCUGAACGGCUCAAAUGAGAGGACAGAGUUUGACCAAGGAUGUCAAAUAUGGGGAAGAAGGAAAGGAUGGGGGCGUUUCCAAGUGUACACGUGAAUAUCUUGGCUUUUCUGAGUGUCAGAUAGAGAAACAAGUGCAUAAGAGAAAAAUAGCUUUCACAACAGCAAUAAUCUUUCAUUUUUGGGAUGACGUAUUUAAUUUUUUAGAAUACAUUUUUAUUGCUGGACUCCAUAACCACUUGUCAUUGCUUAAGUUACAGAAAGCUCCACAGAGACGGAUAGACUCUUAACCUUUCUACUCAGUAAGCUGAAAGUCUGUAGCAGUUGUGCAUGCAAGCAUUUUUUUAGAAUAGAAUGUAUACUUCCUUUAUGUUCAGAUUCUGUACAGAUUGCUGGGAAACCCAACAGCAAUUUCUGAAUGCACACAAGUACAGAAGCUCUCUCUGUAGUGGCUUUUUAGUAUUAUUUUUUUAAGACACGUUAAACAGGGGAAAUGUGCAUCUUAUAGCUAAUAUAUUCAGAUUACUGAAAUGUAGUGUCACUCUGAUCCUGUGGCAUCAGACACUUUUUUGUAAUAUUGUUUGUAGGAUUGCACUGCCCCCUCACAGAAGUAACUCUGAAAUCAGUUUCAGUUGAACAGUUCUUAAACCAGCUUGCAAAUCACCUAAUAGCUACCUUGCUGAAGAUUUUUAUAAAAAAAAAUUAAUUUCCAGGAUGUAAUUUUACACCAUCUCACUGUAAUACACAUUACCUUCUUUACUAAAUUAGACUUGAUCUAAGAAACAGGCUGGAAAUGCUGUGCUGAUUUUUUUCCAAAACAUUUCUCAUCUAAAUUAUUUAGAAAGCUCAGUUGUUCUUUCUUGUGCUUUUAAUGCAUGUUCUUCUUUCUCUUCCCUCCAAACUGCUACAUUUUAUGAAAAUAAAUGUAGGCUAAAGAUACUGCUUCUAUUUUCUUCUGAUUACUGAACAUUGUGAUUUUUUUUUAUAGACAGUUAAAUUAUAAUGAAGUUGACCUAUGUGAUGCUGUUCUUUCUUUCUACUUUCUCAGACUACCAAAUGCAAUAUAAACAGUGUCUGCCAUGUAAAUACUGUGCAUUACUUGGAGCAACUCUGCUUUGUAACUGUGAACAUAAGUGGGUUCUGUUUGUUUUUUUCAUUACACAGUGAUAAAUGAGAGAAUGCAAUUUUGCAGUAUUGGAUUACUGGUUAUGUUUUAGUAAUAUUGCCACUGACUGUAAGGUAUGAUUUCCAGUAGCUCUAAGAAGAGCUGCUAACUUGUAUUUUAGCACAGUAGUAGGUUAUGUUGACUUGCUUGGAUACCUACAGAGAAAUUCUGUAGUGUCUGAAUGUCAUGUUUUAAAGAUGAAGUUCAGUAGGCACAGGAGAGCCUUGGAUGACUUUUGUAUAUUCCUUUUCACUGUAAGGAAACCAUUUAUCUCUCCUUAAGUUAAACAGAUUGCUCAACUAUGGAACCCACUUUUGAGGCCAAUGUGGAUGCCAGUCUGUGGUGAAACAGGUCGGAGAUGCGAGUAGUUAGAUGUUGAAAAGAGAGAGAAAAGCAUUCUUUUAACUACUGGUGCAAUGGCAGCAUUCACAGAAGGUUCCUGUUUUUCACCUAAUCUCAUUCAUGGAGGGAGAUCCAGAGGGGUUCUCUCUGGGAGUUGGUGCAAAACUCUUCUGGAAGCAAUUCCUUUGCAGACAGGUGCAAACAUUAAAAGGACCAUUACCCCGUUGUAGUGCACUGUGUUGUUUACCCGGACCAAACCUGUAAUGAAAUUGUUUUGUCUGAGUUGAGGUCGCAUGGAGCUACCAUGUUAAAGGACCUACAGCUGACCUUAGUUUCUUUCUCCUAGUUCUGAAAUUUACUCUUUGGCAUCUCACAAUUACUUGCUGCUAUGUUACUUGGACAAGUGAUCCCUUUUGUCCUUACUUAUCCCUUAGCCAUAACAAUCCCAAAACUAAACAAUUCCCAAAUAAAUUAUGCUUGUCUUUAGCUUGGAGAAGUGUGCAUUGUUUUAUCUGUGGCAUUUUAAAGAUUUUACAUAUUGUGGUUACUCUGAAAUGUGUAUGUGAAAUGUGAAUAAUAAUAUAAUUACAAUGUGUUUGUAUACAGUACUUUGAUUUAGCUCUUUCUGAUAAAGGUAGCAAUAUUGUGAAUGCUAUAUAUAUUUUCCUUUUCACAGGACGAUUGUGUAGACACCAUUUUCUCCUUUCCUUUUAUAAAUCUGUUGAAAGUCUCUCACCCCAGGAGCCUGAAGAUGGUUGCCUCCCAAUGUUGUAUGUAAAUCUGUAAAUAACUCCACUGUUGUUUUUUUGAAAAAAUCUGGUGCUAAUGUUUUGCCUUUGGCAUCCUGGAGAUGGCUGUUUUUUCACCUUAUAUUGUUCUCAAUUUUAGGAUCUCUUUGUAUAGUGAGACUUCCACUAUGUUCCUCCAAUUGUUUGGAUCCUGCAGCCCAGAGUGAAAAUGUACAGUUUUCCUGCUUAACACUUCACACUUACCUACUGAAAAAUGGUAUUGCUUGACUUUGAGAAAAUAAACUGUAUAUUUCAAUGUACGGA